UAAAUACCGCAGCCCUGGAACAGCUGAUGGCACUUGUUGACCAAUAAGCUGUGCACGAUUUUGUAUUGAUUUCUUAAUUUACUUUAAACAUAACGCAUUAAAAUGCUGGAAAAGGUAAAAAAUGUUAUCGUUGUGCUUUCCGGAAAAGGAGGAGUUGGAAAAUCGACAGUAAGCACACAAUUAGCGCUGGCACUGCGAAGCAAUGGAUUUAAAGUUGGUCUUCUGGACAUAGAUCUGUGUGGACCCAGUGUGCCGUAUCUAUUGGGAUUGGAGGGGCGUGACAUAUUUCAGUGCGACGAAGGAUGGGUUCCUAUCUAUACGGAUAACAACAAAAGUCUGGCCGUGAUGUCCAUUGGAUUUCUUUUGAAGAACCGUGAGGAUCCGGUCAUUUGGCGCGGUCCCAAGAAGACCAUGAUGAUCCGGCAAUUCCUCACUGAUGUGAAAUGGGAGGAUCUGGACUCUAUUAUAGAUACCCCGCCCGGAACUUCGGACGAGCACAUCACCGUGAUGGAGUGCCUGAAGGAGGUUGGAUGCCAUGGAGCCAUCAUUGUGACCACUCCGCAGGAGGUGGCUUUGGAUGACGUGCGCAAGGAGAUAACCUUCUGCAAGAAAACCGGCAUCAAAAUCAUCGGUAUUGUCGAAAAUAUGAGUGGGUUCGUGUGCCCCCAUUGCACCUCAUGCACCAACAUCUUCUCCUCAAACGGCGGCGCUGAACUGGCCACUUACACGGAGGUGCCUCAUCUCGGAACUCUGCCCAUAGAUCCACGAGUGGGCGUUUUGGCGGGCACCACUGCAUCCGUUUUGGAUCAGCUACCGGACUCAACGACGGCGGAGGUUAUGAGAAACAUAGUUGAGAAACUUAAGUUGAUUUCGGUAAACUAAAUAAAUUUUACAAAAUUACAAA